GACAAAACUCUUUUCUUCAGAUGGACAGAAUGUUUGUUGUAAGAGACACUUUUAUACCUUUAAAUUCUCUCAGCCCAAUUCUCCUUUUUGACCGGUCUGAGAAAAGAUGUUUUUAAGGUUGUUAUGUUCCUUCCUUAGGAUGCCACGAAAUCUGAUGUUUUUCUGUGGAGGGUUCGUUGGCUUUGUGUUGUUGCACAUGAACCUGAACUUUAUCACCGAUCAAACUUUAGACUUUACAUUUAAAUCAACCUUCCGAUUAAGAGACAUAGCCAUCUCUAUCGUGAAAUCAGAUGACGUAGCGAAGCAGCUGAGCUCGAAGGUGCAGAUCUUGUGCUGGAUCAUGACCCAGCCCAAAAACCUGGAGCUGAAAACCAAACACGUCCAAGCCACUUGGGCCAAACACUGCAACAUGGUCCUGUACAUGAGCUCGAUCGCCAGCGACUUCCCCACCAUUGGACUGAAUGUGUCCGAGGGCAGAAAUAAUCUCUACAUGAAAACUAUCAAAGCCCUCCAUUACAUCUACACUCACCAUCUGGACUCUGCAGAGUGGUUCCUCAAAGCUGACGACGAUACGUUCGUGGUGGUGGAGAACCUGAGGCGUCUCCUGAUUGGAUACAACACUGACGAGCCCUUCUACCUGGGACACAGGUUCAGGAUAUUUGUAAAUCAGGGCUAUAUGAGCGGUGGAGCCGGCUACGUUCUAAGCCGAGAGGCUAUCAGAAGGUUUGUCCAAGGUUUCAGCUCAGGACUAUGCACGCACACCAGCCCACUGGAGGACGUUGCCUUGGGGUUGUGCAUGGAGACCAUGAAGGUUGAAGCCGGAGAUUCGAGAGAUGAGAUGUUGAGAGAAACAUUUAAUCCCUUAACUCCAGAAAGCCACUUGAUCCCUCCAGACACCAGGGAACAGAUCUGGGGCUAUGAUUACUAUCAAACAAAAAGAGGCCCGGAAUACUGUUCCGAUUUCGCCAUCAGCUUUCACUACAUCCAGCCUGAGAUGAUGUACGAGCUGGAAUAUUACACUCAUCACCUGAGAGCUUUCGGGUAUCAGUACAGGUUUACGCCGGCCGUCUCUGCUAAUGUUGCUACAAGCCCAUAGUUUAAAAAUGAAACAGAAACAAAGGCUGUGUUAUAGUCGAGAAAACAGCACCAUUUAUUGAAAAUUGCAUCUCAUUCACAGCUUAUUAAUAAGUUCAUUUGAUUAAAGUAGCUGUAAAACCUUCCUUGUAUAAGAAGUGAAGGUCUUGAUGUGUUUCAGUGUCGAAGGAUUUGUAAAUAAUAAUCUUUAUUAAAAGGUUUUUACCAGAAAA